AUGGUUGUAACUUUUUCUUACAUGCUUUUAUUUCCCCUUCUAGUGAUGGUUGCCUUUGCUGGUGACUUGAACAAAGACUUUGACCUCACUUGGGGAGAUGGCCGCGCCAAGAUACUGAACAAUGGAGAGUUGCUCACUCUGACUCUGGACAAAGCAUCUGGUUCAGGAUUCCAAUCAAAGAAUGAGUAUCUCUUUGGGGAGAUUGACAUGCAGCUCAAGCUUGUCCCUGGAAACUCUGCUGGCACUGUCACUGCCUAUUAUUUAUCUUCAAAAGGAUCAACUUGGGAUGAGAUAGACUACGAAUUUCUAGGGAAUCUAAGCGGUGACCCAUACAUUCUUCACACAAACGUUUUCAGCCAAGGCAAAGGGAACAGGGAACAACAAUUCUAUCUAUGGUUUGAUCCAACUGCUGAUUUCCACACUUAUUCUAUCAUGUGGAACCCCCAGCGGAUUAUAUUCUCUGUUGAUGGCACUCCCAUUAGAGAGUUCAAGAACUCGGAGGCUAUUGGGGUCCCCUUCCCAAAGAAUCAGCCCAUGAGAAUCUAUUCCAGUCUGUGGAAUGCUGAUGACUGGGCAACAAGAGGUGGACUUGUGAAGACAGAUUGGACACAAGCUCCAUUCACAGCUUCCUAUAGAAACUUCAAUGCCCAAGCUUGCAUAUGGUCUUCUGGGGCAUCAUCUUGCGGUUCAAGUGCUUCUAAAUCCACCUCUGCCUCACCAUGGCUUUCACAGGAGCUGGACGCUACAGGCCAACAGAGGUUGAAAUGGGUGCAGAAGAAGUACAUGAUAUACAACUAUUGCACAGAUGCCAAGCGUUUUCCCCAGGGUUUUCCUCCUGAAUGCAACAUCUCUUGA